UGCCUGUAGUCACAGGGUUUAUUUAACACGUAGUCAAAACCCACCUCAGCGCUCACACAUUCAGCCGGGCGUGGAGCCUCCCUAGACAUACAUAGACUACUACCGAGUCCGGACCUCAGGGUGACAACGCUGCACCGUGCUCAACUCCAGCUCACAGCGGGGACACAAAUACACUGGAUAAUAGGAGAUACUUUUUGAUUCGUUUAUUUUUAUUUUUGUGAGACUUUUUCUCGUUUUGAGGCGCGAUUGCAGAAACACGUUUGGAACGAUUUGAAGGCUUUUUGAAGUUAUUUAUUCGGGUUUUGCAGUUAAACGACAUGGAGAGGAUUACUAGUGCGCAACCACCUCCCUGUGUACCAAAACACCCAUCACUGGAUAUAGCAGACAUGCCGGGAAAUUUUCCCAUCUAUGUGUACAAACCCAGGAGGGGCAUGAAGCGCGGGGAUGAAAGCAAGGAGACAUACAAGUUGCCACACCGACUGAUCGAAAAGAAAAGACGUGACAGAAUCAACGAAUGCAUUGCCCAGCUGAAGGAUUUGUUGCCAGAACAUCUUAAGCUUACAACGCUGGGUCAUUUGGAGAAAGCUGUGGUGCUGGAACUCACUCUCAAGCAUGUGAAAGCCCUGAGUUCUCUCCUGGAGCAACAGCAGCAGAAAAUUAUCGCUCUGCAGAAGGACCUGCAAAUAAGUGAUCAUGGAGGUGAUGGUCCGGAGAACAGCGAGGAGAUGUUCCGCUCCGGCUUUCACUUGUGUGCAAAAGAGGUCCUCCACUAUCUGGCCAGCCAAGAAAGCAGCAGGGACCUGAGCCCUUCCAAUGUUAUCAGCCACAUCCAUAAAGUAGCAGCUGAGGUCCUGCAGCAUCAAAGCAGCCUACACCCAGAAGAGUCCAUCCCUCAAGCUUCAGAGAAACUGGAGAAACCCGCUGGACAGCCCCUGAGGGCUUCUGAGGGCCCCGCUAAGAACUGUGUUCCUGUUAUUCAAAGGACUUACCCCCAUGGGACAGGGGAGCAAAGCGGCAGUGACACAGACACUGACAGCGGGUAUGGGGGAGAACACGACAAGCGUGAUCCCAAAACCCAGUGGUCAGAAAGACAUGCGAGGGAGGGGGAGCUCAAGCAUUCCCUGUCUGAGCGCACUGCCGGCGCCAUCAAGCAGGAGGGUGAUGAGCCUCGAGCCAAGAAGUCAAGGUCUGACUCCUCAGAGGAUGAGAUCCUCUCCGCUCACGGGGCAGGAGGCUCUGGCAGCUACAUCAGCUUCUCAUCCAACCAGCCCCCGUUUUGCCUCCCCUUCUACCUCAUACCCCCCGCCGCUGCAGCGGCCGCAGCGUAUCUGCCCAUGCUGGAGAAAUGCUGGUACCCCGGGGGCAUGCCAGUUAUGUACCCAGGCAUGAGUGGCUCUACAGUGAGCUUGCCCUCAGAGACUCUUCCCUCAUCCCUGGUGAUGUCUCCAAGAGCAGGGUCUCCGGUUCCCCACCAUACCGCCAUGGACUCCCCUGCUCUUCACAAAGCUUUAAAGCAGGUCCCCCCUUUGAACUUGGAAACCAAAGACUAAACAGACGUGUUUCUGUUGGAAGCUUGCCCUCCGAAUGUUGAACUGGGUUAGAUGGUUGGCCCGCUGAAAAGACUUAAAACAAACAAACGCACUGGUCUCCCUACAAACCACAGCCAUUGUUUGUCCCAUCAGAACACUGACCCCAGCAAAGAACCCCAAACAGUCACCACCAUAUAUCAUCAGCUUCUAUCACUUUGAAAUGGGACUUUUGGGGGAAAACCUGCAGUGUCCAUGCAAAGGCUCAUAUAUUACCUUUUGCAUGGUUGGGAAGAUGGUCAGUUUAAAGGCGAUGAGUCUUUUUUGUUUUGUUUUUUAGCAUGGUCCGCGUUCUCCGUGCUCAUUGUUGAAUGUCAGAGGUAAACCCAGAAUGUAAGGCGCAGAUCCCCCCAACCCCACCUCCCUCAAAAAAAUGAUUUGGACCUACUUUUUUGCACACACACCAGUCUGUAAUGAAUGUAAAGAUUGAACAAAAGCCCCUUGUAGAUGCUGCUCUAAUUGUUUUUACCUGCUGUAGAUCUGUGAACGGAGGAUCUACCUUCAGUGUUUGUCGCUCCUGUAACUGCAACGAAAACAUUGUUUAGACUAGAAUGUUACCAAAAAACAAAAAAAAAAAAUGUUUGGCUCACAACAA